CCUCCAGUCUUUCCUCAGCAUAGGAUAGAAAGGAAGCAAGCAAGUUUAAAAUAGAUCUAAUCGUAGAAUAGUUUUAUAAAGGGUUUUAGAGUCCUUGAUGGAGGAUAAUAUAUUACAAACCUGGCAACCCAAACUCAAGCGACAAGCGCGAGUUUUUGAAAUACUGCUGCUGGUAGCCUGACUAGCUGGUCGCAGGUGGCCGUAUAAACAUGCACCAUGACACGGAAGACCAGCGGGAUGACCGGCCACCGAAAAUCUUUGGACAGAAUAACUACACGGCAGAAGAGUACCAGGCUGUCCAGAAUGCAUUGCGACAGAAGUUGGGACCAGAGUACAUCAGUACCAGAAUGGCUGGAGGAGGCCAGAAGGUGUGCUACAUCGAGGGUCACCGUGUCAUCAGCUUGGCCAACGAGAUGUUUGGCUACAACGGCUGGUCUCACUCCAUCUCCCAGCAGAACGUCGACUUUGUGGAUCUCAUCAAUGGGAAGUUCUAUGUGGGAGUCAGUGCUUUUGUCAAAGUGCAACUAAAGGAUGGUUCUUUCCAUGAAGAUGUGGGCUACGGCGUGAGCGAGGGGCUGAAGUCCAAAGCCCUGUCGCUGGAGAAGGCCCGCAAGGAGGCAGUGACAGACGGGCUGAAGAGAGCUCUGAAGUGCUUUGGGAACGCCCUGGGGAACUGCAUCCUGAAUAAAGAAUACCUCAUAGCCAUCAACAAGAUUCCUAAACAGCCGGCUCCUCCUGUGGACCUGGCCCAGACAAAGCGCUCGGAUGGUGAGCCGGCCGUGGAGAAAGCCCGGUUCAGUAGCCUGGUGCAAGGCCGGAGGGCUGGAGGGACUGGGCAGGACAGGGCCCCUCCGGAGCAGCCCAGAGCCCAGCGCAGGGGAGGAGGCAGGGAGGUGACCUCAUUGUGCCACACCCCAAGUUUUGUCCCCGGAGCUGCGGUUCCUGUAGAUCCGCCCUGCUCUGGCCCCAGGCCAGCAGAAGAAUGCGUGGACUCGUCUCUCUCUGAAGGGUUAGGGUUAGGACACACUGACCCCAAACAGCUGAGGAAGCUCAAGCAGCAGCAACUCCAGCAGAAGUUCAGACAGCAGAUGGAGGCCAAGAGACAGGACCAGGGCCAGGGCCAGGGCCAGGGCCAUACCGCCUCUAGUGGAUUAGGAGAGUCCUGCAGCAGAGAGGACCAUCUGGCUGACGACCCGGAGCUGUGGAACUUCACCCUGGAUGGGAUUGAGGAGAUGGAGGCCCCUACAGGGGGGGCCACCGAGGCCCCUACAGGGGGGGCCACCGAGGCCCCUACAGGGGGGGCCACCGGAGGCCCCCACCCCUCCACGCCAAGUAACCACCGGAUGCUGACACGCAGUAAGACGCCUCAAAGAGGGCCCCUCCCCACCCUCAGACCACAGGACCCCCCCUCACAUAGUCUCCCCACCCACUGCCCACCUUCCCAUCACCACCACCACCAGGGCAGCAGAGCAGGUGACGGAGAACUGCAUAGUCCACAUAGACAGGGACAGAACAUGAAGAAACGCAAACUGCACCCCUGACAACUUCAAAAAUACAUUUUAUUUGCCAGUGUUGAUUUUACAAGUUUGUCUCUUUAGUCUUAAUGUUUAUUUAUAUGGGUGUGCAAGACAUGUAUUGUUACUACUAAAUGUUUUUCCAAAAAUUGUAAGUCAAUAAAUAUUGCCUGUAUUUUCUUUGCUGUAUGACCUGGUGUAGGGUGUUGGGGUGUGUCCAGGCAGCAGGAUGACCUGGUGUAGG